UGAUCAGCAGUAUUUUUAAUUUAAAUAAAAAGGACAAUACUAUCCCCUUCCCCUUACCUUCCUAGGAAUGAUGGGAAGUCCAAAUGAGGUCAAAGGUGUGAGGCACUGGAGGUGAUGCCUUCUUGUGUCAAGGAGGCAUCACCCUAAGAACACUUUGCUGGUCUCACUCAGGUUCUAAGGUGAGAGGGAAGCCCCUCGGAAUCCCCCAGGGAGUUCUGCUGUGCUAGCUCCCCAUGCCCUGUUGGGGGAGUGGUCCCAGCUUCAACCCACAGUCAGCCCCAAGCCGGCCUUCCUUCUGAAGUCCAGCAGCAGCCAGACCCCGCCUCUGAAGCCAUGGGUCCCUCCCGGCUUGUGCUCCCGUUCAAGACAAAGCUCGGACUCUGGUGGCUUCUUCUGAUCCCGGCAGUAUCCUCGGAGAGGGCCCCCCACACCCAAGCUGAGGACCGCCUCUUCAAACACCUCUUUAGGGGCUACAACCGCUGGGCGAGGCCAGUGCCCAACACCUCAGACGUGGUGAUCGUGCGCUUCGGGCUGUCUAUCGCCCAGCUCAUCGAUGUGGAUGAGAAGAACCAGAUGAUGACUACCAACGUCUGGCUAAAGCAGGAGUGGAGCGACUACAAGCUGCGCUGGAACCCGGUCGAUUUCGGCAACAUCACAUCCCUCCGCGUCCCUUCGGAGAUGAUCUGGAUCCCAGACAUAGUCCUCUACAACAAUGCAGAUGGGGAGUUCGUGGUGACCCACAUGACCAAGGCCCACCUCUUCUCCUCGGGCAUGGUGCACUGGGUACCGCCCGCCAUCUACAAGAGCUCCUGCAGCAUCGACGUCACCUUCUUCCCCUUCGACCAGCAGAACUGCAAGAUGAAGUUUGGCUCCUGGUCCUACGACAAGGCCAAGAUCGACCUGGUGCAGAUGGAGCAGACGGUGGACGUGAAGGACUACUGGGAGAGUGGCGAGUGGGCCAUCGUCAACGCCACGGGCACCUACAACACCAAGAAGUACGACUGCUGCGCCGAGGUCUACGCCGACGUCACCUACUACUUCGUCAUCCGGCGCCUACCACUGUUCUACACCAUCAACCUCAUCAUCCCCUGCCUGCUCAUCUCCUGCCUCACCGUGCUGGUUUUCUACCUGCCCUCCGACUGCGGGGAGAAGAUCACGCUGUGCAUCUCUGUGCUGCUCUCGCUCACCGUCUUCCUGCUGCUGAUCACCGAGAUCAUCCCCUCCACCUCGCUGGUCAUCCCACUCAUCAGCGAGUACCUGCUCUUCACCAUGAUCUUCGUCACCCUGUCCAUCGUCAUCACCGUCUUCGUGCUCAACGUCCACCACCGCUCCGCCAGCACCCACAACAUGCCCCACUGGGUGCGGGUGGCCUUUCUGGGCUGUGUGUCCCGCUGGCUUCUCAUAAGCCGGCCAUUGCCACCCUUGGAGCUCCGAGACCCUCCGGAUCUGAAGCUCUGCCCCUCCUAUCGCUGGCUGGAGACCAACGUGGAUGUGGAGGAGAGAGAGGAGGAGGAGGAGGAAGGCAGAUGGGCGUGUGCGGGCCCUUUGUCCCCCUCCGUGGGUGUCUACACCCAUGGGAGUCUGCACCCAGGGGCCUCGGGUCCCAAGGCAGAGGCCCAGGUGCCGGACGGCGGGCUCCUGCUGUCCCCUCGGGUACAGAAGGCCCUAGAGGGUGUGCACUAUAUUGCUGACCACCUGCGGGCUGAGGAUGCUGAUUCCUCGGUGAAGGAAGACUGGAGGUACGUGGCCAUGGUCAUUGAUAGGAUAUUCCUCUGGUUGUUUAUCCUCGUUUGCUUCCUGGGGACCGUCGGACUCUUCCUCCCUCCCUUCCUGGCUGGAAUGAUCUGAUGUCACAUCGCCUGCUCUGGCCCGGAGGUGGCAUGGCUGACUGUCAUUCCCUGCUGCCACCUCUGGAGUUCGCCUUCGGGGUCAGUGCCAUCCGACUGCAGGUGUCUCUCCAUGGAGUCCCAACGUGGAAGUCUGCUUAGAAUGCUUCGCUUGACAUUUUUAUACUAUGUGCUGAGAAUCUGCUGGGUACAGAGCCCUGUUUGGGUUUUAGGAGCUGGGCGAGGAGGAACUUGCUUUGCAGAGGGUUUCCAUGUAGCGAGGACGAUGUGAGGAUGGUGACGUGGUGAUAAGAUGCUCCUAGGAUGCAAGAGGGAUGGGAGGGCCAAGAUGGGGGACCCAGGGGGUGGGGUGGGGCCAUGUGAGGCGGCUCAGACAUCAAAGGAGGGGUGUGUGGGCAGAGGGUGCCUCAGGGGGCAGGGAGCUCAGGUGCCCACCCCUUCCACACCCCCACGUGCUCUCUCUGACACUCCAGGGAAAACUGGCCACCCCAGGCCCAGUCCACCUGCCUCAGUUCUUUCCAAGACCCCCCCGCCCCGGCAUCAUUCUUAUUUCUGACCCCUCCUGCUCUGUGGACGCAGCCCCACCCCCCUACCACUCCUCCUACUUCUCCAGAAGCAGGGGUGCUCCCAGCCUUGACCUCCCGGUGUAGAGAUGUUCCCUCGGGUUAUUCCGUCUCCCAACCAACUCGCAAAUGAGGAAAGAGAGCAAGUAAAGCCGCCGUCACUGCUCAGGCAGCUGUGACCCCCUCCAGCCCCCCAGAACCCUGGUUCUGUGGAUGGCAGCUGGGAGGAUGCACUGGCUUUUCUUUGUGGCAGCGGAAGGGCUGUCUGGGUCCCCCCUGGAAAGCCGCCCUCGGGUCAGGCACCCGGGGCGAAGGGCUGGAGCACGCGGGUACCCAACCCCAGCACCCUGGCUUUACCAUGUACCCUGGGGGUUGAGCCCUGGCUUCGUUUGGCUUUUCGAUCUCUGCCCAACAGAACCACAAUCGACUCCUUCCAGGGCCUCAGAAGUUCAAACAAACAAAAUAAGCAAACCACAAAGCAAAUGGUACAAUUUUAUUUCAUCCACAAGUCAAAUAUAAAGGAGGUAAAAGAGUGUUCUGCACAUACACAAGAGAGGGAGGGAGAGAGGGCGUGGAUGAGAGAAAGGGAGAGCAAAGAUAAGUAAGAAAAGACAGUAAGAAAGAAAAGAGAAGGGAGGGGCCAGGGAGGGAAGAAAAGCAAGGGGGUGAGGAAUGCGAAGGCGUCCAGGUCCAGUUUGGCCUUGUUUUUCCCCUCCUCCCCUCUCUGCGUGAGGAGGACACAGCCUCCUGGGCGCCAACUCCCAAUAGCUUGUCCCUUGACCAUCCCAGGCCCCGCUCCGCCUCUCACUGGGGCCCACGGCUGUCGGUCCAGACCGGACUCACAUUAAAUAAAUUCCAAUAUACACUGUA